AUGUGGUUUGACAGGAGCACAUAUUUUAAAUCAGGCCAGCAGGAGGCUGAUUCUAGUGAUGGAUUCUUGAUGGUGAAGUCUGAUUUCAACCCUGAGGCUCCCAUAUUGCAACAAGUGAUCCUCAGUAAAACCUGCCCCAACAACAGAGUGGUGACAUUGCGAUGUACUGAUUGUGGAAGUGGGGUGAACUCCAGCAGGGCCUCCAGGGGCCAGCUGGCCUCCCCCGGGGCCUGGCCGUGGCAGGUCAGCCUGCAGGUUGCGGGCUCCCACCACUGUGGAGGAGCAAUCAUUUCCCCCCACUGGAUAGUCACUGCAGCGCACUGUGUGGCCAAGGCCUCCAGCCCCGGAGACUGGGCAGUGUAUGCUGGGAUUGUGGAUCCAUUGGACACUCUGUUUAACCCUGCUUACUCUGUGAGCCACAUUAUAGCCCACGAAGGAUACAAUGGCCUCACUCGAAGGAAUGACAUUGCUCUGAUGAGGCUCUCCAAACCUGUGGACAAGACAGCCUCCAGUAAUAGUGGACCAGUGUGCCUCCCAAAUGUUGGUCUAAACAUCACCGCUCCUCAAAAGUGCUGGAUAUCACGAUUUGGUCGCACGGUGAAUGGAGAUUCUGGCUCUCCACACCUGAUGGAGGCUCAGGUCUCACUCAUAGAUACUUCAGACUGCAACAGCUCCAUCGCCUACAAUGGCAGGAUAUCACAGGACAUGCUCUGCACCAGAGAGAUGGGGGCAGGAUCAGACACAUGCCACACUGACAGUGGCAGCCCUCUGGUGUCCCUGAAGGAUGGAGUAUGGUGGCUUGUUGGGGACAGUAUUUGGGGAGAACACUGUGCUGAGCAGAACAAACCAGGUGUUUAUGGCAACGUCACCCAUUUCUUGGACUGGAUCCACCGUCAGAUGAAGAAACAUCAAGAUGAGUGAUGACGGGACCAAAGAUGAAAUGUCUGAGAUGUUGGUGUUUACAAUUUUUUGUAGCAUGCAGAUACUUUUUUUAUAUCACUGUCUCAAUAUUAUACUGUAUGUAUCACUAACAUAACUUAUUUCAUAAAUACUUUUCUAUGUAUUACAGUUUUAUUUUUGUGUAUUUGAGAUACAGAAGGUCUUUAAUUAGCCUGAAUAAUUUUGACUGAAAAUGUCCAUUUAAUUAAAAGUUAUAAAAUGAACCAUUAAAUGGAGUUGUGCCAUGUCUCAACACAAGAUGUCACUCACAAACCACAUCAAGCUUGAAGCACAACAAUUUCACAGGAUGUUUCGGUCCUGAGUAACCAUUAUAUCUUUGAUUUGGUCACAAGUUAUUUUAUUUACAACACAAGUACAAUUUUGGAACAGAAAAAUACACUUUUAAAUAAGUGAACAUUCAAAGAUUCAAGUGUACCUUCAAUUUGACGACUUAAAAUUUUGGCAGGUUGAGAUAUUAGUGCAGUUUGAGUUGUAUCACAAGAACAGAAUCAAACAGCACACAUUUCUCCUUCAGACUGUGCAGCACAGCCUCAGCAGAGGACCAUGCUUCACGCACUGUAUCAUUGACUUUUACAUAUAAAGCUGUCGCUCGUCUCAAGAGACAGUAAAAUGGCAUUUAGCACAUUUUUAUUG